GUUAUAACAAAAUGUUUAUAAAAGUACUGUUCAUAAGAAUUGUUUAGGGAACAUGUUAGAAUAAGGCAUUUUCGUCUAAUAUUUGAAAGUCACUGUAAUAAUUUCAAAAUUUAUGUCAUCGGAACAAAAGUGAAACGCUUGAAAUGAAACAAAUUUUUAUUAUCGAGCUGUGUUCCGAACUGUCAUGAAUACAAAGAAAAGUCAAUAUUGAGGUUGACAGUGAAAAGAAAACUCGAGAAUAGGCGACGUAAAAAUUAUUGGUUACGCGUUUUGCACGCAAAAAAGGUCCAGCAGUUCUAAAAGUUAAGAAUAAUAUAAAAACCAUAUUGGUAAAACAAUGACACGUGGAAAUCAGAGAGAUCUGGCUCGCGCUAAGAACCAAAAGAAACAAGCUGAGCAAAACAAAGGUAAACGCACUGAUAAUUUAACAGUUGAGCAGCGUAAACAACGAGAUGCAGACGUAAUGCGUGAAAAACAAAAAAAGAAAGAGGAUGCUGCAACCUCUUCAGCAGGCGGCUCGGCCAAUAAGAUAAAAUAAACGCAAACGUAAACG